UCCUGUACUCUGCAACCAUGUCCGAAACGGCACCCGCCGUGCCAGCCGCUGCCGCCGCGCCCGCCCCGGCCUCCAAGGCUCCGGCCAAGAAGGCGAAAAAGGCGGGCGGUGCGAAGGCGCGCAAGGCGUCGGGCCCCAGCGUUACUGAGCUGAUUACAAAGGCGGUGGCCGCUUCCAAGGAGCGCAAAGGCGUCUCUCUGGCCGCGCUCAAGAAAGCCUUGGCGGCCGGUGGCUACGAUGUGGAGAAGAACAACAGCCGGAUCAAGCUGGGUCUCAAGAGCCUGGUGAGCAAAGGCACGCUGGUGCACACCAAGGGCAUCGGCGCCUCCGGCUCCUUCAAGCUGGGCAAGAAGACUGGCGAGGGCAAGGAGAAGGCGCCCAAGAAGAAGGCGCCCAAGGCCAAGAAGCCUGUGGCGAAGAAGGCUGCUGGCGCCGUCAAGAAGCCCAAGAAGCCCGUGGCCGCCAAGAAAAGCCCCAAGAAGCCCAAAAAGCCCGCGGCCGCCAAGAAAGCCGCCAAGAGCCCUAAGAAGGCCAAGCCCGUCAAGCCCAAGAAGGUGGCUAAAAGCCCGGCCAAAGCCAAACCCGCCAAGCCCAAGACGGGGAAAGCCAAGCCGGCCAAGCCCAAAGCGGCCAAGGCGAAGAAGGCGGCGCCCAAGAAGAAGUAAUGCCGGACCCGCCUCUUUCCAAAACCCAAAGGCUCU